AUGCCGAGACGGAGAAUUAGAGAUCUACCAAAUUUAGUUGAAGAUUCUGAUAGUGAUGAAGGUCAACAUAUUGAUGUAGCAUUCAUUCCUAAUGAAUAUGAAAGUUCAGAUGGAGAUUCGGACGGUGAUCCAAAUGAAGAUAUAUUAUCAAAUGAAUUACCAUCAGGUUCUUACGAACAUGUUAAAAGUACAUACACAAGUACUCAAAAAUUGUUGGAACCGAAUCAUAAGUACAGUUGGAAAAAUGAUGCUUUGAAUGAUAUUUCUCCUCAUGUCGAGAGCAACUUCAAUAUUUCACCUAUUUCAUCAUUGCAAUCCAAAAAUGCUUUGGAGUUAAAAAGUAUUCGUGAUUACUGGUCAAAAAAGCGAAUCCUUCAGUGUCCAGUAAUUGCGGAACUUAUGUCUAGAAAUAAUUUCGUUGCCAUAAAAAAGAACAUACGAUUCUAUAAACUUCAAGACACUGAUCAAAAUGAUAAAGUCUGGAAGGUUAGAACUCUGUAUGAUAUGUUUCUUAUGGACUCAAAGCCAGUAUCGAUUCUCUCUUCGAAAUAUGGGAAUGAACCAAAAGUUGAAAUGCAGAGAUGGCAGGAAUCAUCGAAAAAAUCUAUUCUUUUUCCUUAUUGUUUCUCUAUGUAUAAUCAACACAUGGGUGGCGUCGAUCUACAUGAUCAACACUGUAAUGCUUUGAUGCCUACAAUUCGAAGUAAGAAAUGGACAUGGUGCCUUGUAUUACAACUCAUCCAAGCAUCCUUAGCAAACGCUACAGUGAUUUACAAUAAGUUACAUCCAGACGAAAAAAAAGGUUCCAAAGAUAUUGUUCAAGAUGUUUGUGAAUAUUAUAUUGACAAGUUAUCUUCCAAACGUCCCCCCAAACGACAGAAACAGAGUAAACCUUCAUCCCAAGAACACUUGAUGAAACAUGGAAGUCUUAGGAAAUGUGGAAUUUCAACAUGUCGGACAAGAACGGAAUGGUAUUGUGAGAAAUGUUCUAUACCUGUUUGCAAAAGUCAUAAAGUAGGACACGACAAUGAACAAUAA